ACAAAUAACUUGGAUAUUAAUCCUUUGAAAAAUAUUUUCAAUCAAUUAAAUGAUAAUAAAUUUGAUUUUAAUGAUAUAAAAACUGAAAAUGAUGAGGAUGAACAAAUAUUUGAGGUUUUGUUAAAUACAUCAAAACCUGUAAUCAAAAUGAUUAAAAAUACAAAUAUCAAUUCUUCAAAGUAUAUAUUACUACCAACUUUAAAUGGAGUGAUGAUUGAAGAUAAAGAUAAUAUGAAUAAACCAAGGUUAAUUAUUAAUCCUAAAUUUUGUAAAUCACCUUCUAAAGUAAUCAUAGAUACUGGAAGCAGUGUUAGUUUAAUAAAUAGAAAACAUUUAUCUAGCAACAUGAAAGAUAAUAUACAAAAUUUAAAAACUAAAAUUAAAUUUCCUUUACUAAAUGUAGAAGAAACAAUAUCACAAACUAUAAAUAUAAGAAUUGAUGAUAGAAAUUAUAAUUUCAUUAUCACAGAUCUCGAUAUAAUCGAUAUAUUAAUAGGAAAUGAUAUUCUCUUUGAAAAUUCAAUAAUUGAUCAAGAGAAAAAAAUAAUUAAAAUUGAUUGUAGGAAUCAUAGAAUAAAUUAUGAAAAAUCAUCACAAUUCAACUGUUUUAUAAAUGUUGCAAAUUGUAAAAAGGUUGAGAAUCCAAAGUUUAAUGAUGACGACGAUAUAAUCGAACAAAUCACUGAAAUUGUUGAAAAUUUACCAUCAACAAUCUGUGACAUCAUUUCAAAACAAGAACCAACUGAAGAUGAAAUUCAAGUUAUUCGUGAUUACAUAUUUGAAACAUUCGACGACGUAGUUGUAGAAAAAUUACCAGAGAUGACUGAGAUGUUAAAUGCUUCACGUAGAAGUAAUACAAUACAUAGUAUUGAAAUUAAACCAGGUCAUAAUAUAGAACCAACAAAAAAGUUGAUUUACUAUUCCUCUGAUGAUCAAAAGAAAGCUGUUGAAGAAAUGGUAGUUAAAUUUAUGGAACUCGGUAUAAUCGAAAAAUCCAAAUCAAACUAUUCUUCACCAAUUAUGCUUCUUAAAAAGAGAGAUUCAUGGCGGGUUGUGCACGACUAUCGUCAAUUGAAUAAAGUUACAGUUAGAGAUGAUCAUCCAUUUGCACCUGCUGAUAGUCUGUUAGGACAGUGUAAGGAUUCAAAAAUCUUUUCAAAGUUUGAUAUGUUGAUGGGAUUCUAUCAAAUAGCAAUGAACCCAGAACACAAACAUUACACUGCAUUCACUACUCACAUUGGUAAGUUUCAUUAUAAAAGGAUGCCUCAAGGACUCGUAAACUCUCCGUCUACAUUUGCAAGAAUGAUGAUUGAGAUUUUUGGUAAAAUCAAAAGUCUACUACAAUACUUUGAUGAUUUAAUGGUUCAUACAAAACCUAAUUAUAAAAAGCAUAUAAUUGAAGUAAUAAGAGUACUAUUAUAUUGCAGAAAAUAUUUAAUUUACAUCUCUAAAGAAAAGAGUGAAAUAUUCAAAACUCAAAUAGAUUUCUUAGGAUUCCAAAUAGGUAAAGAUGGUAUAUCUCCAAGAGCUGCAAAAGUCAGAACAAUCUCUGAGUUACCAAAUCCAAGAAAUUCUAAAGAAGCUGAAGCCGCGUUGGGUUUAUUUGGUUUCUUUAGAAGAGUUAUUGAAAAAUAUGCUGAAAAGACGAUACAUUUAUCAGCAGAAGCCAAAGGUAAAGGUAAUACAAAAUUAUCUGAAGAUGCAAUUAAAGAAUUCAUAAAUUUAAAAAACGAAUUCAAUGGUGAUAACAUCAUAGCACUACCUAUUGAGCAAGAUAACAAACCUGUAGAUAUUGAAAAACUCAAAGAAUCCUCAACAUUACUAAUUGUAUCAGAUAUGAACAAUUUGAAUAAUGGAAGCUACCACUUAUAUUGUGAUGCAAGCGAUAGAGCACUUUCAGGAGUUUUAUAUCAAAUACAAGGUAAUUCUUUCAAACCAAUUUGGUUUCAUAGUAGAAAGUUUUCUGAUACACAAAAGAGAUACAGUAUAGGAGAUAGAGAAUUCUUAGCAAUCAUAGAUUCAUUAAAGAAAUUCCAAUACCUAUUACUUGGUAAAAAAGUAACCAUAUACUCAGAUCAUCAGAACUUAACAUAUAUCAUUAACAAGUCUAAUGAUAAACCAUUCACAAAAAGACAGGAUGGCUACAUGAAAUACAUUAAAGAGUUUGAAUAUGAAUUAAAACAUAUAAGCGGUAAACAAAAUGGUAUUGCCGACUUUCUCUCAAGGAAAUACGAUAAUUUCCAAUGGGAUGAACCAUUCUUAAAUAAAAUUAAAGAAGAACAAGAUUCUUCAGAAUGGCUCAAAGAAAUGAAAAACAACCCAAACAUGUGUAUCCAAGAAAUCAAUGGAAUAUGUUAUCUUGUUGAAGAUGGAAACAAAAAGUUAAUCAUCACAGAAAAAGACACCAUUGAUACUAUCUUGAAUGAAUAUCAUGAUUCUAAAUAUAGCGGCCAUCAUGCAGUAGAUAUCACUUAUAAUAACAUCAGAAAUGAUUAUUAUUUUAAACAAAUGUUUACUAUAAUUAAAAGAUACAUUAAAUCUUGUGCAAUAUGCCAGUUAAAUAUUAACAGAAAAGAUAACGGUUUACUUCAAAGUUUGGAAAUCCCAUUCGAAGUUUGGAGAGAUAUUUCUAUAGAUUUCUUAUCUUUACCAAAAACACCAUAUACCUUUUCUGGAUUUAUUGUUGAAGUUGAUCAAGUAUGUGUUAUAGUUUGUAGAUUAUCUAAAAUGGUACACAUAGUACCUUGUUCAAAAACAAUCACUGCAGAACAAACAGCUGACCUUUUAUUGAAUCAUGUAUUUAGAUUACACGGUUAUCCUAGAACUAUUGUGUCUGAUAGAGACCCAAGAUUCCUUUCGGAAAUAUGGACAUUGUGGGCAAAAACAAUGGAUUCUAAAUUAAAAAUGACAGUUGCUUAUAGAGCACAAGGUGACGGUCAAACUGAAAGAAUGAAUAGAGAAAUAAUUCGUAUGCUUCGUAAAAUUGCAGAGCAAUAUGGCGAAAGUUGGGCUGGACUGAUUCCUUUAGUUGAAUUUGCGCUCAACUCAGCAUCGAAUAAAUCUACAAAGAUGUCUCCAUUCCAAGUAGUUUAUGGAUUUAAUCCACCAACACCUGUCAAUCAUUUUAAUACUUUGACAAAGAAUCGUAUCCCAAUGAGUAAUAUAAAGAAAAUUGUACGUGAUAACAUUCUAGAUGCUCAAGUUGCGUCGCAAAAGUAUUAUAAUAAAAAACGUGGAGGUUUAAUAUUUGUCGUAGGAGAAAAAGUACUUGUAAAAAGAAAAUAUUUCAAAACAAGUGAUUCUACCGAUUUAAUCUCACACAAAUUAGAAUCUAAAAAUUGUGGUCCAUUCAAAAUCAUAGAAAUUAAUGGUAACAAUGUUACUCUUGAUACCGGUUAUCCAAAAAGAAACAAUGUUUUCAAUAUGGAUCAAUUAGUCAAAUUAUAUGAAGACGAAGACUGGUUGAGAGAUGAAAUUUCUAUGCCUGAUCCAGAAGAAAUGGAAGACGGUGAAGAGGAAUACGAGGUUGAAAAAAUAUUAAACCAUGAUAAAAGAAAUAAACUUUACUUGGUAAAAUGGAAAGGCUAUCCUUCACCAACAUGGAAUAAAGAGAUAGACCUUACCAAUUGUGAAGAUGUAUUAAGAGAGUAUUGGAAAGAUCCAAAUAAUAAUUUGAACUCUAAAAAGGGAAGAGAUGAAGUAAACAAAGAAGCUAUGAGCUCAAAUUCUUCUUCGAAACCUUCCAAUACUCCAAAAAAAUCAAAAGCAUCUUUAAAAACAAUAAAAAAUAAAAAAUCAUCUAAAAGUAAAAAUAAAGAUAUAGAUACUGAUGAUAACUCUGAUGUCAACAUAAAAAUUACUAAAUCAACCACAAGAUCUGGUAGAGUAAUAAAGCCA